CGAGCGGCGGCGGCGGCAGCCAGCACUUCCCAGCUCAUUUUCUCUCUGUCAUUCCCCUCUCAAUCUUUGAUCAAUGUACUUGCCAGAGAGAACCGAAGUCCUUCAAACCUCCUCUUUUUCACCUUCGUCUUUAACGUGGUGCUAGAGCAAGGACCACAAAAAGAAACUGCCCUCCCCCUCCCCUCGGCCCCAGCCCCGCCGCCCGGAGCGGACUUCUCCUCCUCCUCCUCCUCCUCCGUCCCCACUUGCGGGACACUUUGUGCGUUCUCUCUCACUCUGCCCCCUGCUCUCUCGCUCGCCGCAGCACCUGAUCCGGGGUUAUCCCCCCCUUCUUCUCCCCCCUUCUCCCUUCUCUCCUUUCCUUCUUUUUUUAAUUUUUUUUCCCUUUCCCCUGCGUGUGUGUGGGAACUUUCCCCCCUCCCCCUGCCCCCUCCGCCGUAUAUGUGACCAUGGCCGUACCGGCUGCUUUGAUCCCUCCGACCCAGCUGGUCCCCCCUCAGCCUCCGGUCUCAACUUCUGCCGCCUGCACCACCACCACUACCACCUCCUCGUCGGCCACCUCCUCGUCAGCUACCUCCUCUCCGUCUCCGUCCAUCGCUCCCCCGCCGGCCGCUUCGGGGACAAACCUAUUCCGGCCGGAGCCCAUCGCAGCGGCAGCGGCGGCGACGGCCACAGUCACCUCCACCACCAGCGGCGGCGGCGGUAACGGCAGCAGCAGCGGCGGCAGCGGCGGCGGCAGCCCCAGCCUGGGCACCGGCGGCGGCGGCAGCAGCAGCAGCAGCGGCGGCAGCAGCGGCGGCACCUCCACUCCCAAUGCCAGCGCAGCCAGCGCGGCCAGCAGUCUGCCCGGCAAGCCCGUGUACUCGACCCCGUCCCCGGUGGAGAACACCCCCCAAAAUAACGAGUGCAAGAUGGUGGAUCUGAGGGGGGCCAAAGUAGCCUCCUUCACCGUGGAGGGCUGCGAGCUCAUCUGCCUGCCCCAGGCUUUCGACCUCUUCCUGAAGCACUUGGUGGGGGGCUUGCACACGGUCUACACCAAGCUGAAGCGGCUGGAGAUCACGCCCGUGGUCUGCAACGUGGAGCAGGUCCGCAUCCUGAGGGGACUGGGGGCUAUCCAGCCCGGGGUCAACCGCUGCAAACUCAUCUCCAGGAAGGAUUUCGAGACCCUCUACAACGACUGCACCAACGCCAGUUCUAGACCUGGAAGGCCUCCUAAGAGGACUCAAAGUGUCACCUCCCCAGAGAAUUCUCAUAUCAUGCCACAUUCUGUCCCAGGCCUAAUGUCUCCUGGAAUCAUCCCACCAACAGGCUUGACAGCAGCAGCAGCAGCAGCAGCAGCUGCCACCAAUGCUGCCAUAGCAGAAGCAAUGAAAGUGAAAAAAAUUAAACUGGAAGCUAUGUCCAACUAUCAUGCAAAUAAUAACCAGCAUGGAGCAGACUCUGAAAAUGGAGAUCUGAAUUCAAGUGUUGGCAGCAGUGAUGGUUCUUGGGAUAAAGAAAAACUUCAGUCUCCCCCUACCCAAGGAUCACAGGCCUCUGUUAACCACCCCAACUUGCCUGGACAACAUAAUGUUCCAGUUAACCAUCCUCUCAACCCUCUUCAACAGAACCACCUUCUGCCAAAUGGAUUGGAACUUCCUUUUAUGAUGAUGCCCCACCCGUUAAUUCCCGUGAGCCUACCUCCAGCAUCUGUCACAAUGGCAAUGAGCCAGAUGAAUCACCUUAGUACCAUUGCCAACAUGGCAGCAGCAGCACAAGUGCAGAGUCCUCCAUCCAGAGUUGAAACAUCUGUUAUUAAGGAACGUGUUCCAGAUAGCCCGUCUCCUGCUCCUUCUCUUGAAGAGGGCCGAAGACCUGGCAGCCAUCCAUCCUCUCAUCGAAGCAGCAGUGUGUCCAGCUCUCCUGCACGGACUGAGAGCUCUUCUGACAGAAUCCCUGUCCAUCAGAACGGGCUAUCUAUGAACCAAAUGCUGAUGGGUUUGUCACCUAAUGUCCUGCCUGGACCUAAGGAGGGUGAUCUGGCUGGUCAUGACGUGGGACAUGAAACAAAAAGAAUGCACAUUGAGAAAGAUGAGACCCCGCUCUCCACACCAACCGCAAGAGACAGCCUUGACAAACUUUCUCUAACUGGUCAUGGGCAACCACUACCUCCAGGUUUUCCAUCUCCUUUUCUAUUCCCUGAUGGAUUGUCCUCCAUAGAGACCCUUCUGACUAACAUCCAGGGUCUACUAAAGGUUGCUAUAGACAAUGCCAGAGCUCAAGAAAAACAAGUCCAGCUGGAAAAGACAGAGCUGAAGAUGGAGCUCUUCAGGGAACGAGAACUGAGGGAAACACUUGAAAAGCAGUUGGCUGUGGAGCAGAAGAACAGAGCAAUAAUUCAGAAAAGGCUAAAGAAGGAAAAGAAAGCAAAGAGGAAAUUGCAGGAAGCACUUGAAUUUGAGACCAAACGACGGGAGCAAGCAGAACAGACACUGAAACAGGCAGCUUCAACAGAUAGUCUAAGGGUCCUAAAUGACUCUCUGACCCCAGAGAUAGAAGCUGACCGCAGCGGGGGCAGAACAGAUGCUGAAAGGACAAUACAAGGUUCACUAGAUGCCUAUGCCUAGCUCCCAAUCCGGUUUCCCAAGACCCCCUCAUCCCACACAAAAAGAUGGAAGACUUUAUUUGAAAACUACUGUCAUGUAUUGAAUUUUUCCUGCUGAAAAUACCUGUGCUACAGUAAAGAACUUUGCAGUAAGACGUUGGCUCAUAAGGAGUUCUGUGGAAACAAAGUGUUUUCAAGCCAACUUCCUCAACUUCAUUUAUCAAUGUUCUUCAAAAAUGUAAGGAAUUCUGCAAGAGUGUCCUCCUUUGGUUAUCUCCUGUGGCUCAACCUGGAGAUCUAAAGAAUGUUUGUAAAUGUACAGUAGCGCUCUUCUUACAGUGGAAAUCUGCGUCUCUGCACCGGACUAUUGUAUCCAAAAUUACAGGCGGUCAGAACAAGGCUGAGUAUUCCCUUUUUCAAGGAAUGCAGACUCUGUCCUCCUCUGAUGAUUCUGUAUUUGAGCACAUCAAAUGAUCCUUCCAGCAGUGUCCAAGUACACUUACAGACUGUUAUCUCAUACUGAAACCAGCAAGACAGCUCAGAAAUGAACCUUGUAGAGGGCAUAAGAGGAUUCUUAUUAAAAAAAAUAGAAAAAAAAAAGAAAAAAAAAAGGUAAAAGAAAAAAAAAUUGAUACAUUCAGUUUCAACCUAUGAUUGUGGGUUUUCUUCUAAAGACAUUUUUCCACAUGCUUUCCAAGAGACCAACACAUGUUCGAGUACAUAAAGUGAAAUGGAAUUUUGUGUAAGUGAAAAGAAAUGCUGAAUGUAAACAAACUGUUUUACUGUUCACCAAGUCUCUUUUCCUAAAAUAAAAAAAAAUACAAUAAAAAGAGUAAUAAUUUCUCAUUGUAAACUGACAGGGGUUUAUGAAAUAAAAGACUUUGCUUCUUAUCAAACUGUUGGUCACAUGUACAGUAUAUAACACAAAUCACACACGGAAGGUAUUAUGUAUGCAGUAGAAACCUAGAGUUUAGGAAAUGAAAAUUUUAGAUAAUAUUGUUUUGUCACCCUGUUGGUCAGAAGGACACCUUUCUAGUUUUAACGCAUGCAGGCAUGUAAAUAUUUGUCCUGGAGUCACAGUAUUACUGAAUGAGAUCUUAAGCAUCUGGUAACAAGUCAGAAUUCUGUAUCAGCCACUUUUAUUUGUAUAUUGAGCCCUGGUUAGUGCCCUGAUUAGUGCACUUUCAAGAAUGGACUGUGGCUGAUCAGCAAGUCAAAAAUGCCAGAAAUAUUUUUAUAUGUUAAUGUCAUAUUACGUCAAUGUUGCUAAAAAAAAAAAUAAAAAUGAAAGCCUAACAAACACUUGAUGUAUCAGUCCAAUUCCACGUAGAACUGAGUGAUACAGUUGAAGUCUAUUGUCCCUCCCACCUUGUCUUAGGGAUGGGUGGUUAUGUGUUACUUUCACUGUCUUUAUGAAAGCUACAAUAUGUGUUUUCACCUUUGUGCUGAUAACUGGAAGUAAGCUGCAACACAGUGCUUAUUACAUUACUAAAAAUUAUGUUCUUUGCUUUGCGUACUUUUGGGUUACCCCUUUAAAGACUGAUUUUGUGAAUCAGUGCUAUUACUGUAAGUUUUGUGAUUAUGCUUUCUUCAUCUAAUGUUUUAUGCAUAUAAAAUAUUAUUUAUUACAUGGAAACAUAUCAAAACCUUAAAUAUCUAAGAUGCCUAACUUAAAGAAAAUAUUUCUUUAAAAAUAGUUCUGAUUGGGUAUUAAUAUUAUUUUGUCAAAAAAAAAAGAAAUUAAUGUUUUGUAAACUCUAGCACUGAGCUUCUAUAGUUUGUAGGUCUUCCUUGCAAUACUGGUACACAUUUAUUUUGUACAGUUCAUAUUUAAUCCACCACAAUCCUUUUUUCACAAUAGAAAGAUGUAUAUACAAGUUCACGUCAUCGUAAUUUUUUUAAAGAAAUAUUGAGCAAUAUUUUUCAUUAAAUAUUGUGACCUAAUACUUUGUAGCAAUAUUAUUUUCUAACCAUGAUUCUUUCAUAAUUUUCAUAGUUGCUUGAACAUAUAUGGGAUUCUGUACUCCAGUUUUUUCAUUCGCAGUCUUUAAAGGGUUAACAGCUGUAAAGUUAGAUGGACUUGUGGCAAGCUUUUGAAUCAUUCAUAUCUGAAAGAGAAUUAAAAGCCUACAAACUGAAAUAUAUAGUAGCAUCUACCAUUGCUCUGCUCCUUGCAUAGAGUCACCUGUAAGUAGGUUUAGUAGUUUUACAGUAUAUUAUUUCAAGACCUUUGGGAAUGCCUCAGUGUUUGGCUUGGUACAUAAAUGGAAAUGUUAAGGUUUAAGGGGGAACCAAUUUAUAAGCUGGAUGUUUAGAAAGAAUCUUGCUAAAACCAGUGUAAAUACUACAGACCAUGAGAUGUUACUGUAAGUUGAAUUUUUUGCCCCUCUUUAGUUAUGCAGGUUUUGGGUUGGUAUUUUGUUUUUGGGUUUUGAUUUGGACUUUUUUUUGGGGGGGAGGGGGUUUGCAUAGAUUAUGAAGAAGUUGUGCUCAUGUUAUUGUUUAUAUGCUUUUGUAAUCUUAAAGAUAUUAAUGUCUAGUUGUUCUAUAUUAUAACCACAUUUGCGCUCUAUGCAAGCCCUUGGAACAGAACAUACUCAUCUUCAUGUAGGACCUAUGAAAAUUGUCUAUUUUUAUCUAUAUAUUUAAAGUUUUCUAAAAAUGAAAAAAGGUUAUUACGAAUUUUGUUGUACAAAAUCUGUACAAAAAUCUGUUUUUACAUCAUAAUGCAAGAAUUGGAAAUUUUUCUAUGGUAGCCUAGUUAUUUGAGCCUGGUUUCAAUGUGAGAACCACGUUUACUGUUAUUGUAUUUAAUUUUCUUUUCUUUUCAACAAUCUGCUAAUAAAACUGUCUGAAAUCUC